AACAGAAUGGCGUCGUCGAGCGGAAGAAUAGAACCAUUCUUAACAUGGUUCGAAGCAUGCUUAGGAGCAAGAAUAUGCCCAAGGAAUUCUGGGCAGAAGCAGUGGCAUGUGCUGUGUAUUUGUCUAAUAUUUCUCCCUCAAAAAGUGUUCAAGGUAUGACACCGCAAGAAGCCUGGAGUAGUAAGAAGCCUAAUGUUUCUCACCUUCGUGUUUUUGGAAGUAUUGCUUUUAUUCAUGUUCCAGAUGGGAAGAGAUCCAAGCUUGAUGGAAAAAGUGAGAAAUUUGUCUUCAUCGGCUAUGAUUCAAGCUCCAAAGGGUACAAGUUCUACAAUCCAUCCAAUGGGAAGGUUGUAAUCAGUAGAGAUGCUGAGUUUGAUGAAGGAAGCUCAUGGGAUUGGAAUGUCUCUCAUAAUGAAGAAUAUGUUAUCUUUCCUUUGCAAGAAGGAGAAUCCAGACAAGACACAAGGCAAGAUGUUGCUACUCCACCUCACUCUCCUCAUGGAUCUCAAUCACCUGAGGAUUGUUCUUCUGAAGGGCCACUACGUACAAAAAAUCUUGCUGAUUUUUAUGACGAAACUGAGGCGGUUGAUAAUCCAAGUUUCUUUUGUCUCUUUGCUGACAUCGAACCGUUAAAUUUCAAAGAGGCAACAGCAGACAAGAAAUGGAAGCAUGCAAUGGAUGAAGAGAUUAAAGCAAUCCAAAAGAAUGGCACAUGGGAGUUGGUGACUCUUCCGGAAGGGCAAAAGGCAAUUGGCGUGAAGUGGGUGUACAAAGUGAAGAAAAAUGCUCAAGGGAAAGUGGAGAAAUAUAAGGCAAGGCUUGUUGCAAAGGGUUAUAUCCAGAAAUAUGGCAUUGACUAUGAUGAGGUUUUUGCCCCUGUUGCUCGCUUGGAAACCAUUCGGUUGAUUAUCUCCUUGGCAGCUCAAAACAGGUGGAAAAUUUAUCAAAUGGACGUUAAGUCCGCUUUCUUGAAUGGCUAUCUUGAAGAGGAAGUGUAUGUUCAACAGCCAUUGGGAUAUGUUGUCAAGGGACAUGAAGACAAAGUCUUGAAAUUGAAGAAGGCGAUGUAUGGCUUGAAGCAAGUGCCAAGGGCAUGGUAUAGCCGUAUUGACAAAUAUUUCCAAGACCAUGGCUUCACCAAAUGUCCACAUGAACAUGCUCUUUAUGUCAAAGAAGACAAAACUGGAGGCUUUAUGUUAGUGUGCUUGUAUGUUGAUGACUUGAUCUUCACCGGCAAUAAUGCAAACAUGUUUGAAGAAUUUAAGAAGGCAAUGACUCAAGAAUUUGAGAUGACCAACAUUGGUCUCAUGUCCUACUACCUUGGAAUUGAGGUAAAGCAAAAUGAAGAUGGGAUUUUUAUUUCUCAAGAAGCUUAUGCAAAGAAAGUUCUGGAGAAAUUUGAAAUGGAAAAUUGCAAGCCGGUAAGCACCCCCAUUGGUUGUGGAACUCGACUGUCGAAGUACGAUGAAAGUACAAAGGUGGAUCUCUCUCUGUAUAGAAGCCCUGUUGGAAAUCUGAGAUAUUUGACUUGCACACGACCAGACAUUCUCUAUGGUGUUGGUCUUGUGAGUCGGUACAUGGAGGCACCUACUUCAACACACAUGAAGAUGGCCAAGAGAGUACUUCGAUACAUCAAAGCUGAAUUUGUUUCUGCUGCAUCAUGUGUCUAUCAUGCAAUUUGGCUAAGGAAGUUGUUGGAGAUGCUGCGCAUACCUCAAGAUGAAGCUACAACCAUUUACAUAGAUAACAAGUCAGCUAUUGCUUUGGGAAAGAACCCAAUGUUUCAUGAUCAAAGCAAGCAUAUAGACACCAGAUAUCACUUCAUAAGGGAGUGCGUUGAGAGGAAAGAUGUAAAGCUUGCCUACAUGAAGACCAAUGAUCAAAUUGCUGAUAUUUUCACUAAGGCAUUGAAGUUUGAAGAUUUUGCAAGACUGCGUGCUUGGAUUGGAGUGACUAAAGGUGAUCAAGUUUAAGAGGGGGUGUUGGAAAAAUAAACUUGAUUUAUUAAU